AUGAUUGCUGUGGCGCUGGGCGUGUGGCUGUGCGCGCUGGCGUGGCCCGGGGUGGGAGCCAGCGUGCAUUGCGCGCUGCGGCGCGAGAUCUCACCGUGCACAUGCCGCCGUGAGGACGCCGCCGGAGCGGUGCUCGUGUUGUGCCAGCGGAUCUCUUCCUACCGCGACGUCGCGCGCGCCCUCACCGACAAGUUCAGUCCGGAUACUAAGAUCGGCCUCGACAUCUCGCACUCGCGCCUUCCUGACUUCGCUGACCACACUUUCCGGGAUCUCGGCCUCUCCAUGACCAAACUCAAGCUCAACUUCGACAACCUGAGUGAGCUACGCGAAAGCGUGUUUACGAAGCUGGAGUUGCUGGACUAUCUGAGCCUGGCAGACAACUCUUUGGCGGAGAUGCCGCGACACGUGCUGCGUCACUUGCCUCACGUUCGCACGCUAGAUCUCUGCCGAAAUAACAUUACGCAGCUAGCUGAGAAUGACUUCAAGGAUAUCCAGGAGCUAGAGCAUCUGCUCCUGGCUGACAACCAGAUCGCGCGGAUCGAGAGGCACGCAUUCCCUAAGGGGCUCAAACACAUCCACCUGGGCAUUAAUAAAUUGCACACUCUCAACGGCGCCUUGAGGGACUUGGACCGCCUCGAGUGGAUCUUCAUUAAUGCUAAUCAUUUGAAAUCCAUUGAAAAUGAGUUGCCUGUGCGCGCCAAACGGCUGACGCUCGUUCACGCGGCCCACAACGGCCUGCGCGCGCUGCCCGGCGAGCUUUGGCGGCUGCCCGCGCUGGACUCCCUCUACGCCUACGACAACCGCAUUAGCGCGCUGGGUGGUGCCUUGGGUGACUGUCGACGCCUCGUCACACUCAGUCUGUCUUUCAAUGAUAUUCAAGAGCUGGCAUCGGACGAAUUCGCCGGUACGGAGUCGCUGGCUGACUUGGACCUGGCCUACAAUCGGCUGAGCGCACUUAACGGCUCGCUGCGCGCACUCAAGUCCCUGCGAUACCUCAAUCUCACGCACAACGCUCUCACUCAGUUCUCGAUGCACGAGAUACGAGGCCUGCGUCGGCUCUACGUCAUCGAUUUGUCGCACAAUAAAAUAAAUCAGCUCACGGGACAUAUCGAGAACCUAGUGGACAUCGAGACUCGCGUGUUGGAGGUCCGCCUCGACCACAACGGCCUGGAGGCCUUGGGUGGGGCCUUAGGUGGCGUACGUGGUCUACUGCGCCUCACCCUCGCCCACAAUCGGCUUCGGCACCUCACGCCUGCCGAUCUCGCCGGCCUCGAUGAGCUGCGUCUGCUCGAUGUGUCCUACAACCACAUCGUCUCUUUAGAGGACGCGUCUAAGGCUAUCCUGCCGCGCUUGGAAGAGCUGAACGCUCAUCACAAUGAUAUCGUGGCGUUGAACGAGGCACUCCAUGGAUUGCCGGCACUCUGCACGGCUGAUUUCUCCCACAACCGAAUCGAGACAGUUGACAACGAGGUCGCCUCCAAGUCUCGCUGUACCAUAAACGGCGUGCCCGGUGUCCUAAAGAUUUAUCUUCAAGAUAACCCCGUGCUGUGCGAGGAACGGGUGUUCGAGUUGGCGGCUGCGGUGGAGCGUGCGGGCGCUCGUCUGAGCGGAGACGCGGUGUGCGCUGCCUCCAAAGGCCUCGAGGCGCUAAAUGACGGUGGCCCCGACGCACCCGUCAUCGUCGUGGCGCGGGUGGGGCCCGCUCCGGACCCCGACCGCACCCUCGCACCAGGCCCGCUCUUCUACCGCCGAGCCCGGGACGCGCCCUGA